GCAGGACAGGGGUGCACGACAGGGGCAACCUUGGAGAUCCCUGUGGCUUUGCUUCAGCGCGUCUCCAUCUCGAGGUCUCUCCUUGAGUACCGAGAUAAUUCACUUUUACCUACGUGAGCGUAACGAGGACCCUCUUCAGAGUUUUCUCUUCUUCAAUUAUUGAUUUUGCCAGAAAACAGACGUCCCUGUAUAGAAGGAUGGCCAAGCUCCUGCGGAGGUUCAGGAGGAAGGCUCUGCAGGUGCCCCCAGAGCCUUCGGGAAGGAGCGGCCAUCUUCCCAAGGGGCAGAGCCACCUCUCCGUCCCCGCUGGCGGGGAAGCAGCUCCCAUCCAGGCCAGAAGGCGGAAGUUCCCAGCCUUCUGGAGAACAAAGCCAGCUCCCGGCGCAGGCGCCGACCUGGGAGAGGCCCCGACCAAGCCCAGGUGGAGCUGGCUCAGGAUGAGGUUUUGCGGACAGGACCCAGCCCAGGAGGGGCGCCGGGCAGGGAGGCUCUGGGGCCUGUUAUGUGGGCAGCAGCGGCCCCAGGAGCCCAGCCCUCAUUCCCAGCAGGGGGCAUCGCCCUGCCCGGGCUCUGAGGAUCUUUCAGCCCCCUCAGACCAGGAGCUAGAAGAUCCCAGCACCAUCAGCUCAGCACGGGACAGCAGCAGUGCCUGGGGCUCCAGCAGCAGCGACGCCUCUGGACGCUGCUGCUUUGUUCCAGGGACCCCCACGGAGUCAGCGGCGGAGGAAUGGCUGGAGAUGACCACAGAGGAAGAUGAGGGGCAGCAGCUCAGCACCAUGAAACCAGCCCUUGAGCCUGAGCUAGAGUCCCGCCUCUUGCAAGCUGCCCUUGGCUCGGUCUUCACCCUGGGCACGGAGACGGACGCCACCGACAUCCAGGUACAUCCUCCGCCUCUUCCAGAGUGGUCCUUGUCCGGCUCCCUUGAGUCGCUGGAGCUCCAGAUUUAG